CAUAUGACGCAGUUGUCAGUCUCCCAGGCAGCGGAUGAGACCGUUUGGCGAAGAUGGCGGACUCGCUGUCGUCAGGUCUGGGAGAGGAGAAGGAGAAGGAGAAGGAGGACAGGGAGAGGAACCGAAGGACUACCAAAACAGAGAGGAACAAGGAGAAAGACGGAGUAUCGGAGACGCCGAGCACCAACGAUAAAAAUGGCGGUAGUAUGGGCAAGAAACGCAACCUGUCAGACCUGUCCCUGGUCCGAUUUAUCACCACUGAGCUCACCAGAGGCUACUUCCUGGAACACAAUGAGGCCAAAUACACAGAGCGCAGAGAGAGGGUCUACACCUGUCUACGCAUCCCCAAGGAGCUCGAGAAGUUGAUGACGUUCGGCUUCUUCCUCUGUCUGGAUGCUUUUCUCUACGUAUUCACACUACUGCCCCUCAGGGUGAUUCUGGCGCUUUUACGGCUCAUCACGUUGCCUUGCUGCGGUCUCGGUGGCGCCCGCCUACUCCAGCCAGCCCAGGUGUGUGAUGUUCUAAAAGGCUUCAUCAUGGUGCUGUGUUACUCCAUGAUGAGCUAUGUGGAUUACUCCAUGAUGUACCACCUGAUCAGGGGACAGUCUGUCAUCAAACUGUACAUCAUAUACAACAUGUUAGAGGUGGCGGACCGCCUGUUCUCAUCAUUUGGCCAGGACAUCCUGGACGCUCUGUACUGGACUGCCACAGAACCAAAGGAGAAGAAGAGAGCUCACAUAGGCGUGAUUCCACACUUCCUCAUGGCUGUGCUCUAUGUCUUCCUCCAUGCCAUCCUCAUCAUGGUUCAGGCCACUACCCUCAAUGUAGCCUUCAACUCCCACAACAAGUCCCUCCUCACCAUCAUGAUGUCAAACAACUUUGUGGAAAUCAAAGGCAGUGUGUUCAAGAAGUUUGAAAAGAACAACCUCUUCCAGAUGUCGAACAGUGACAUUAAAGAGAGGUUCACCAACUACAUCCUCCUGCUCAUCGUCUGCCUGAGAAACAUGGAGCAGUUCUCCUGGAACCCCGACCACUUGUGGGUGCUGUUUCCUGAUGUGGUCAUGGUGAUAGCAUCUGAGGUUGCGGUGGAUGUUGUCAAGCACGCCUUCAUCACAAAGUUCAAUGACAUCAGCGCUGAUGUUUAUGGGGAAUACAGAGCCAGCCUUGCGUUUGACCUUGUCAGCAGUCGUCAGAAAAAUGCUUACACAGACUACAGUGACUCUGUAUCCAGAAGAAUGGGCUUCAUACCGCUUCCUCUAGCCCUGCUGUUGAUCAGAGUAGUGACCAGCUCAGUGAAGAUCCAGGGCUCACUCUCCUUUAUGUGUGUGCUUCUGUUUUACCUGGGGAUGAUCACUCUGAAGGUGCUCAACAGUAUCGUUCUGCUCGGGAGGUCCUGUGUGUUCGUCAAAGAGGCCAACAUGGAAGAAAAACUCUUCGACCCCCCACCUUCUGCUGUCUCCAGUCGUGUCAACUCCAGAGCUCACCGCACCAAACAUGUUCACAUUGUACCACCGCAAGAACCUGCAGCCGAUAAAGGAGGAGUAUCACUGGCAUCACACAUUACUCCGACAGCCAACAUGGCAGAGAGUGCCGCCCCCAAGCUCCCUAAGAGCGACUCAGACACAUUCCUGACCACUCCAGACGAGGAGGACGAUGAUAAAAUCAUCAACGUAGACACUGGACUGGAAGGGGGACUUGAACACAGAACACAAAAGAAAGAUUUGCUGGAAAUAGACCGCUUCACCAUCUGUGGCAACCGGAUAGACUGAAAGCCAUAUAAACAAACAAGCAGUCAGGGUCCUGGCAAAGCAGAGGUUCAGGGUUCAGACACGGGUCAUGGAGCAUGCUCAGACCAGAAAGAUUUUGUGUGCCUGACUCCUGGAGUAUUUAUUUAUUUAUUACUGACAGAACCAGCCAAGGCAUUAAGCUGUUACGACAAACUCUCCGAGGCCGCUGCAGAUGUCUCCAUCUGUUCAAGUCAGUGCCCGGGAACCAGGUAGACCCUCUUAGGUGGGGUUUUGGGUGUCAUUGCCACCUGCAAAGCUUGCUGAUGAUGAAGAUGGAGGAAAAACUGGCGUGCGCUGCUGGAGGAGAGCACGAACAGAGAGAGAUUUGUUGUACAUGUGGCUGUCGCAGGGUCGCUGUGUGAUCAAACUGAAUGGGACAGCUGGACUGUGAGAGUGUGUGUUCAAAGCACAAUCAUAUCUACAGCGCAGAGUUGUUUUUAGAGAGAACAAAACUUGUUGAAUUUUGUACUUUUUUAUUUUAAAACCCUAAAAGAAGCUUAUAUUUUAAAUAGUGUUUUUAUGAAAAUUAGGGAUCUUUUUCCAGACUGAGUUCUACUGCAGGUCUAAGACUCAAAAAUCAUGUCAAGACAUAAUUGAAAUCUCAUCUUUCUGCAGACACACACCCCAACACACCAGAACAGCUCUGUUCAAACUGAGUUAAUGUGAAGAGCCCAGGAGAUCAAAGUUUUUAUAUGAGGCAGCAGUGACGCUUUGAACAGGCUUGUAUGACUAAAAUGUCAUCAGAUGAAAUGCUCAUGGCUUGGACGCAACAAUGACUUCACCUUUUUCAGACAAAGGCAACAGGAUGGAGGUUUUGUUAUUGUGCUGUUUGUGUUGAUAUUGUUACUUUGGGGCACUGAGAUAAGGUGGUGCUCCUGCUUUUAAGGCACCCGUAUUUAUUUUGAGAUAAACUCUAAGUCAGACAAGUUUGGAGGAUAUUUCAUUCCUAUUAACUCCUUUCCUGGAUUUGAAUAUGCUUCAUUAGUCCUGUCAUUACACCAGCAUGUAGCCCACAGGUAAUCAUGGUGUCAUACCACUACAUUCAUGGUCUUAUUUUAAAACAAGCUGGUUACACAUGCAACGACAUAACAUGAUGACCAUUAUUUGUGAGCUUACACGAGCGCAGCUGUCUUUUCACCUAAACAGCUGUUUGUAAGAAUCACUUCUUAAUAUCAAGAAACAUAAUGGAGGGUAAUAAUAGCACUGUGAUCUCAUGAAAGCUGUUUCCUGUUACGCUGGAAAAAACAUGUUUGAUCCUUUAAGACUCCAGGCGGUGUUUGCUGUGAUCAGCUGCAGGCUUUGAUUGACAGUACCCUUUAAAAUGCUUGUGUACCAAACAGUCUUAAGAUGUUGUGAAAUCUGUUUGACUAAUGAAGUGGAUCAUACAUUAUGACUCUGUUCUGAGAUGCCAGGAAUUAUGCAUCCUGUGCAAAAGCUAUAGGUUCAGCGGGGGGCUGCAUCUUACUAAUUUUUUUGUCAUCCAAUAUUGUAAAAAAUGUUUUAGUAGUUAUUUUUUUAAUUUGGCAGAGAACAAAGUGAACCAUGUAUUUUUUUUUGUCCAACCAACAUCCACAUCCACAUCCAUUAACCAUUAUACAUGACACAGAGCUGCAGAUCUUUACAAUGAAGCAGUGGCGGAGCCACACAGUUUUGACCUGGGUGGCCAAACUGGGGCACUGACUGUUAAGGGGUGGCCAGGCGUGAAAAACAUUAGAGGCUUUACCCAAACCUAGUAGGGUUGCCUCCAAUAAUCACAUCUACUUUAACUUCUUUUAUAAAAUCAUUUAAAAACUACAUUUUUGUAGAUUUCUAAUGCUAACAUUAGAAAUGUAACUCGACAGAGUAUCAACAUUUAAAUCUGCUGAACUGAACUAUUUAAGGACUCAAAAUAAAGAUUGUCCAAAGUCAAAGCAUCAACAAAAACAAUAUUCAAAUGCAAAUAAACUACUGUCUUUGCAGCUUGCUGAAACACAAUAGCUGAUUUUAAUAUAAGUAAUGCCUCUGACAUGGCAAAUAAGCCAUGUUUAGGAAUUUCAGGGUGGCCACAGGGGUGGUCAAUCAGUUUUCAGAGGUGGCCAUGGCCACCCCUGGCCACCCCCUGGCUCCGCCACUGCAUUUAAGAAGCUGGAAUCGGUAAAUGUGACAUGACAAUUUAGCUUCAAAAAUAACUGAAACAUUUGACCCAGUGUCAAAAUGUCUGGCAUUUAUUUUUUCUUGGCUUGCUAAAGACUGAAUGUUGAAACUCUAGGUUAACUCAGCUCCAAACUCUACCUUUCAUGCUGGUACCCAAAAGCCACAGUCCUACACUUGCAUUCAAAAACAUGUUUGAGCUGCACCAUACUGAAGAGUUAAACUAUUUCCUCAAGUUGCAACAAACUAAGUGGGUAGCCUUAUAUAGUACUUUGAACUUUAUGAAGAGAAAUGAAGAAUUUAUUUGUAGAUGUGCUGUAUUUGUCUGUAUUACAGAUUAUUCUAAGUUUUUACAUAAAAAAAUAAUGUGUCCAUACUUUUCUUGUGGAGUACAAACAAGAAAACAUGGUUGCAGGGUACCCGGGAAGCAGAGUUGCAAUUUGGAAAAAAAGGAAAAAAGUGAAGCCUCAAAUUUUGCAACAGCAGCAAACAAAGAUCCAACACACACAUACAUAUACACACACUGCCUCACUCUGUUACAGCCUCUGUGAGCUGAGGAAAUUAUUAUUAAAAAGGGGCAGAGCAUGAGAGGCACAGUGAGGAGUUCAGUCAACCUCACUGUUGGAUUGACAGUAAAAUAAAAUAACUGCAGCCUUGUGACGGGGGUUGGAAGAUCACGGAUGCAUUAAAGGAGUGUUUGUUAAAGUGUUUGUGUAAGAGAGACAAUUUGCACUGCAUGGAUGAAUCUCACUUCCAAAAACACAUACUCCAUGUAUGAUCUUAUAUCCCUUGUUUUUAUUUUUAUGUGCAACCCAUCUCUAUGUAAUACAUCUCCUACAUGGCAGAGGGAGAAUAAAACAAGGUAUUUGUUUUGUAA